AUGUCCGGGAAGCACUACAAGGGGCCUGAAGUCAGUUGUUGCAUCAAAUACUUCAUUUUCGGCUUCAAUGUCAUUUUCUGGUUCCUUGGCAUAGCAUUUCUUGGGAUUGGAUUAUGGGCAUGGAAUGAAAAGGGAGUGUUGUCCAAUAUCUCCUCAAUCACGGACCUGGGAGGCUUUGAUCCAGUUUGGCUCUUCCUAGUGGUGGGAGGAGUUAUGUUCAUUUUGGGAUUUGCAGGAUGCAUUGGAGCUUUGAGAGAAAAUACCUUUCUUCUCAAAUUUUUUUCUGUGUUUCUUGGAAUUAUUUUCUUCCUGGAGCUCACUGCUGGUGUUCUAGCAUUUGUUUUCAAAGACUGGAUAAAGGACCAGCUGUAUUUCUUUAUAAACAACAACAUCAGAGCAUACCGAGAUGACAUUGAUUUGCAAAACCUCAUAGACUUCACACAGGAAUAUUGGCAGUGCUGUGGGGCUUUUGGAGCUGAUGACUGGAACCUCAAUAUUUACUUCAACUGCACAGACUCCAAUGCAAGCCGAGAGCGCUGUGGUGUGCCAUUCUCUUGUUGCACAAAAGACCCUGCUGAAGAUGUUAUUAAUACUCAGUGUGGCUACGAUGCAAGGCAAAAACCAGAAGUUGAUCAGCAGAUUGUUAUCUACACUAAAGGCUGUGUCCCUCAGUUUGAGAAAUGGUUGCAGGACAAUCUUACCAUAGUUGCUGGUAUAUUCAUUGGGAUAGCAUUACUGCAGAUAUUUGGGAUAUGCUUAGCCCAGAAUUUGGUUAGUGACAUUGAAGCUGUCAGAGCCAGCUGGUAAAACUGCUGAAGUAACCACAAGAAGACACUGGAUAAAUGAAACCCUCUGAAACCUCCAGUGUGU